CAGAGCACGCAGUGAUCCCCAGCUGAACGGGCUGAAUAGGCGUGCCUCGAUCUUCGAUAAAGUUUUAGACAACUUACAGAUUUAUAGCUAAAAGUCUCGCCAUGCAAGUCAAAUUAGUUUCAAGUCAGCUCUGGCUGAUUUGCCUGGCAUUUUUGCCGCUGAUCGCGGCUAAUGCUGAGUAUCGCGCCUCACCAAAGCUCGCAGGACCCGCCGCUCAUCUGGCACACAGUCCAGAGGAUAAUAUGCUCAACUCACUGGAUGCGGCCCUCGAGAAGAUAUCCCAUGUCUAUAUGCAAGCCCUGCUGUCGGGCACCCACACACCAGAGCUGGAGAUCUCUUUGCGCGCUCUGGAGAUGGAGCUAUACGAGCUGCUCGAUCAGCUGUACAAGCAGCAGCGCCUGAAGGACUAUAUGAAAUAUGAGGCGGAAGUGACGCGACAAAUGAUUAUCUAUAACCUGCUCAAGGAGCUCUUUGGCUAUACGCAGCACAGCGAGAAAUCAAAGUAAAAGUGCAUUCAUGAGUUGCGGUUCAA